GCCAAUGGAUUGUACGCUUUGAGCGUGUAUUCCACCGGUUUUCGGCGGCUCGUCUCACGUGGGUGAAAGAUCGUCGUUGUCCCGAUGCUCACCUAGAGCGAUGAGCAACUAUGCUAGAGACGAGAGCGGGGCCCGGGCUUCCGAGGGCCCGAGAGUGUUUCACGCCAAUUAUGUUACGGAGGGAGCCGAAAGUCCCUUGGCCCGACUCGACGGCCGUGAGUUCCAAUACUUUAUGUUCAAGAAACGGAUCACCAUCGGCCGAAACUCCGCCAACGGUGACGUCGAUGUUUCCAUGGGGAAUUCGUCGUUCAUCUCGCGCAAACACCUUGAACUCUUCAAUGAGGGACGAUACAUCCACAUGUUGUGCAAUGGGAAGAACGGCGUCUUCGUCGACGGUGCCUUCUGUAGGAAAGGAACUCCCCCCGUGAAAUUAGCGCCUACGUGCACUCUGCGGUUCCCAUCGACAAAUAUCAAAAUCAUGUUUACGUCAUGCCUGGAGCCGGCAACCUACUCCCGCGAGCGGUGUGUACUUCAGACUAAGGACGCGUUGGACUUUGAACUACCGCCGCGAUCGAUACCAUCACCAAAGCAAGUGCCAUCGGCAGCUUCCGAAGAGCUCUGCCCGUCAGCUGCACCUCUUCAGCUGACGACACCGAAAGCUCAGACAACUCAGCCGAAUCACUUCAAUAAUCUUAAUCCGAACCUAGUGCGAUUCCAGCCGCUGAAAAUCAAUAUCCCAACCCAUGAGGACCUCAUCAUGCCGAGUCCGUGCCCUUCGCCGACCGGUACCAUAUCAGCUGCCAACUCUUGUCCAACGUCACCGCGCUCAGGCGUUUCAAUGUCGUCGUUUCAUACUCUCCAGCAUCGUAAUAUUGUUACAAACGUCACGAACGCGGCAGCUCAUCAACACAUGGUCAACUUGCUGCAACCUCAAAAAAGCAACAUAAAGCACGAAAUUGGCGCUUCGAGUGGCGGCGUUGGUGGUGGUGGCGGCGGCGGCGGCACGUCUCUCGCUUCCGAUGAACAGAAGCCACCAUUCAGUUACGCGCAAUUGAUUGUGCAGGCGAUCUCGUCGACUCCAGACAAACAGCUCACGCUGAGCGGUAUUUAUUCAUACAUCACCAAAAACUAUCCCUACUAUAGGAAUGCCGAGAAAGGCUGGCAGAAUUCUAUACGACAUAACUUAUCAUUGAAUCGCUAUUUCAUGAAAGUAGCUAGAUCACAGGAAGAGCCCGGGAAAGGCUCGUUCUGGAGAAUCGAUCCGUCUUCCGAAGAUAAACUCGUUGAACAAGCGUUCCGUCGUCGGAGACAGAGAGGUCUUCCGUGCUUCAGAGCUCCCUACGGUGGAGGCUCGACGAGGUCGGCUCCAGCGUCCCCCGUUCACGUUAACGCUAGUCUAGGUUUGAGCCUCGGCAUGGCCACCCCCGACUCGCUGAGCCGGGAGCCGUCGCCGAUUCCCCCUCAACACCUGCUCAUCGAUCAGAACCCUCUACCGGUCCAUUCGGAAAUCGUCGUCGAAGAGGAACAGGCUUCGUUGCAGGAAGCCGUCGCUUCGAUUAUGCCCGAUGAGGAGUAUCAACAACAGCAGCAGCAGCAACAAAUCCACGUUUUUCCCGGGGAAAACGCGAACAUGUUCGUUACAAAACCCCUGUCGUCAGCUACUUUCACAAGCUCCGAUUCAGCCCCGGUCAGAGAACAUCUGGUUGUUUAUCAACCGGUCAUUGUGCAAGCACCGCAAUCCGCAGCUGCUGCGGCCGCCGCGGCAGCGACGGCACCUGCGUCUGUCGUUGUGGAACAGACUAUCGAUGAAGAGCUGGAAGAAGCUCAAUCCUUGCAAGAUGAGAAAGCUGAAUGUCCCAAAUCGUCCUCGACGCCUCCACCGCCGGCACCAUCGAGUGAAGAUGUUUCCGGUGAACGUGCGACGCCUUGA